UUAUUUUUUUAAUGUGCACGUUUUAAUAAAGUUAGAUACAGGUGUCCGGAACAGCGGUAAACAGUAAACAGUGAUUCUUGUCUGCAAAAUUUUUGGAUGUUGGAGAAGAUGAAUGGUAAUAAUGAUAAUCAAGAGGUGACCAUAUUCAAUUCCAGAGAAAUAUGCCCAACUUCCCUAUUUCAUUCAAUCCUAGCCUUCACGAUAUGGACGGCCGGCAUCCAUCUCAAUUUCCUCUUGUUCUUCAUUCCUCUUCUCUUCUUGCCUUUUUCCAAAUUCCUACUCUUUUUUGGAUUUCAAUUGCUGUUGAUGUUCAUUCCGAUCGACGAAACCAGCAACUUUGGCCGGCGCUUGGCCAGGUAUUUAGUUAAGCAUAUGGCCAGUCAUUUUCCCGUCUUUCUUCAUGUUGAAGACAUCAAUGCCUUUCAUUCUGCUCGUGCUUAUGUGUUUGGUUAUGAGCCACAUUCAAUUAUUCCCUCUGGUCUGGGAAUAUUUUCAGACUCUAUGGGUUUGAUGCCUCUUCCAAAAAUAAAGAUCCUUGCAAGCAGCGCCGUGUUCAUCACUCCAUUUCUAAGGCAUUUAUGGACAUGGUGUGGUGUUAGAGCUGCAACGAAGGAAAAUUUUACAUCCCUCUUGGAAGCUGGGUAUAGUUGUGUCUUGGUGCCUGGUGGAACCCAAGAAACAUGUUAUACCAAGCAUGAUAAUGAGAUUGCUUUUCUUAAAAGCAGAAGAGGAUUUAUCCGAAUAGCUAUGGAGACUGGCAAACCAUUGGUUCCAGUUUUCUGCUUUGGUCAAUCAGGUGUGUUCAACUGGUGGAAACCUGGUGGCAAGUUAUUCGUAAAAAUUGCGAGAACUAUUAAGUUUGCCCCUUUUUUCUUCUGGGGAAUUCUUGGGUCUCCAAUUCCCUAUCAACGUCCAAUUCAUGUUGUGGUGGGUAAACCAAUUGAGGUGAGGAAAAAUCCGCAGCCUAAAAUGGAAGAGGUUGUGGAAGUACAAAAUCAGUUCAUUACAGCACUUCAAGAUCUCUUCGAGAGGCAUAAAGCACAGGUUGGCUAUCCAGAUUUGAAACUUGAAAUCAUGUGAUACUUGCAUUUCAUGUUUUAUAUUCAUCAUUUAGGCUUUGUUUGGAUGGUGUUUUGUCAUUAUUUCAUUAAUAUUUUGUUUUCUAUGAUAUUGUUUUUAUAAUAUAUUGUGUUGUACAACAUUUUCAAAAAUUACAUAGUUAAUCAUAGUUUUAUA